CAGUCUACCAGAGACGCAGGCAAAGGAAUCGAACGAAGAGUGAACAAACUGAGAACAUUUGAUUUUCAUCGUUCUUUUUUUUUUAAAACCAUAUUUUUAUUUAAAGUUUAUUUACUUUUAUUUGUUUAUUUAUACAUUUUUUCUUCGAAGACAUCGUCUGAGUGGCGCCUGGCACUCUUGUUACCAUGGCACCACGAUGUUGGCCUGUAAUUGUGUUGUCAAUGCUGAUGUCCACCAGCCAGGCUUUGAGAAGGGUGAGCCUGAGGAAGAUGCCGUCCGUCCGGGAGACGCUGCGGGACAUGGGCGUGUCACCCGCCCAGGCGCUCGCCGCGCUGGCCGAGGCGCCGGCCGGUGACCCCGCCUCCGGGAACGGCACCGCCCCCACGCCACUCAUCAACUACUUCGACACUCAGUAUUUCGGGGAGAUAAGCAUCGGUUCCCCGGCCCAGACCUUCAACGUGGUGUUCGACACGGGCUCUGCCAACCUGUGGGUGCCCUCUGCCACCUGCUCCCCCCUCUACACCGCCUGCUUUACCCACAACAGAUACGACUCCUCCCAAUCACGGACGCACGUCGAGAACGGAACGGGGUUUUCCAUCCAAUACGCCACUGGAAAUGUGCGGGGUUACCUGAGCGAGGACGUGGUCGUGGUGGGCGGGAUCCCCGUGGUUCAGGUAUUUGCAGAGGCCAACGCCCUGCCUGCCAUGCCUUUCAUAUUCGCCAAGUUCGACGGGGUUCUGGGCAUGGGGUACCCCAACGUCGCCAUCGACGGCAUCACCCCAGUAUUCGACCGCAUCAUAAACCAGCACGUCCUGAAGGAGGAGGUCUUCUCUGUGUACUACAGCCGAGACCCAAAGCGCACACCUGGAGGAGAGAUCGUGCUGGGGGGCACUGAUCCCAACUAUUACACCGGCACCUUCCAGUACCUGCAAACCAACCAGCUGGGCAAGUGGGAACUCGGGAUGAAAGGGGAGGGCUACGUCCAGAGGUCAAAGAGGAGGGACCUAGCAAGGGGAUACAGUGAGAGGGGUCCGUCCAACAGGCCCCAGGUGGACACGACAGGUCCGGGAGUGACGAUCACGGGCCCGCCUCACGGAUACAUCGUGAACUGCAAUCUGGUCAAGUCCCUGCCAAGCAUUUCCUUUCAGUUCAAUGGUGUCGACUAUCCACUGACAGACGAGGACUACAUCCAAUGGCAGUCGCAGUUCGGCGAGGACACCUGCACGGUCACCUUCAGGGGCCUGGAUGUGCCCCCCCCCACCGGCCCCAUAUGGGUGCUGGGGGCCAACUUCAUCGCCCGCUACUACACGGAAUUCGAUCGCCGCAACAACCGGAUAGGCUUCGCCACGGCGCUGUGAUGACCGAAGCGCGCCGUAAAUCCCUUCGCUGUCGAUCUCUCUUCGCUACGUCGAUCCCAUCGAAUACAUGCGUCGCUUUCAUUUGAUCUAAAAUGUGUGCCUGCAGCAGCGGUGAGUUCAAUUACUCAAGCAUUCUGGGCUUUUUUUUCCCCCCAGAAUGCUUGAGUAAUUUGUAUUUCGGAAUGUAUUUGCUGAAGUAGCUAUGUAAUAGAAAAUAGCGAAAAUAAAUAAAUUCUCAACUGUAUUUUAGAACCACAGACCAUUCUUCGUCCUCACAGAGGGACAGGCACUGAAGACUCAGAUAUAGCGAGUUAGAGAGUUUUAGUGAUCUUGUCCUAAAUAAUUUACUCCCAUCUGCUUCUACACUUUAACAAAGAUGCUGUUCACACCCCAGCAUUAGACCGACCCCCACCCUCUGCAUAUGAAGUCUGGCUCAAUAAUGCAUUUCAUUAUACCACAGAGUGUAUAGCUGACCAGUACAUAAAAGAUCACAAUAACCUUUAUCUGAGUGUUAUUUUUGUUAGAUUGUAUAGCUUUGUGUUUUUCUGUAGAUUAAAGUCACCGGCAACUACAGUAUAAACAUGUAUAGGCAAGCUUGGUCUGUAACCAAACAAGCAUAAAAGCACCAGGGUAUGCAACAAAAAUGUAUUGCCAUAUAUUUAAAUAAAUAUGCUGUACACUGAAUAAUGCAUUUGUCUAAAUGGAUGAACUCCAAAUACAUUUCCAAUGCAGGUGAA